AUGUCUGAUCUCUUCUCAACCUUACCAGCGCCGUUGUCGCUGUACAUCCUGCUGGAAGUACCAGAUCUCAAAGCUCUAUACUCCGCGAUCCUGUCAUCGCCGCAUCUGUGGGCUGUGUUUCGUCUAGAUGCGCGACGAAUCUUCAGAACAAUCAUCGCGCGCAGUCUGCCAGAAGGGCUCGUCACUCCAGUGCUUGUAUACAUGUUGACACGAGAGCAGCUCACAAGAAGUCACGACUCUACUUCUCUUACCUUGCAGCAACUACGGAUGGUGAUCGAUGAUGUUGUCUUUGCUACAACGGCAGACCCUUGGUCCAAAAUAAACACCCACACCAUCUUUCACACUGUGGCCCAGGCGGUACGCAUCCAUGAUCUUGCAUACUUCAUUCUCCGCUCCAAGCUCGACUACUUUGGCACACUCAAAUCUGAGAAGCUGGCCGACCCAAAGUAUAGAUACAAAAGACCUUAUAUCGCGGCUAUACGGAAUCCUGAAGGCACACCCAUGGAUGUAAAAAUGCCUCUGAGUGACCCGAGCUGGGCCGAGGAGACUCGCGCUGUACGCGUACUAUGGCUGUUAGCUGCUGGCUGGCGAGCUUCUCAUAUUACGACGACUUCAUCAGAUGAUGAUACGGAAUACUUGACUGCGCCUCAAAAGAUGAUUCUCAGUCGUGGAUCCUGGGGGACGAUGAAUCUAGCCAUCGAGAUAGCACAAAGCAUACUUUUAGGCCCUGUACUACUGCCGCCCAGCAAGCCAAGGAAGAUCGCUAUACAUAGUUUCGACGCCCUGCAUACAUACCCAGUUCAAUCUACCGCGCGUACAACCAAGCGUUCUGCGAUGGACAAUUUGCCCUUGCCAUCUUCACCGCAAUUCUCUUGGAUCCCAGCAGUCGCACUUGACCCGUCAUCCGAGGAUGCCGCUAAGUGGAACGUGGACAUCUUUUCUGUCGAAUCAGAAAAUCCAGAGCUAUUGUUCACCCGAGCGAAUAGGCUACGAUACGAAAGUCCUCUUCAGGACUCGAAGAGCGAAUCGUUUGACUGCCUUGGGUUUGGUUUCUGGGAUCAUCGGCGUACCUCCACUGAGCUGUGCAUUCGUCCAUGUCCCGCCCGUCCGAAAUGGCUGCUGCAACCAUCUGGAGACAAAAACCUGAACCCGGACUACGUAAGCCGCAGUGAUCAGAUGUUCCGGCUCUAUAAGCUCUACAAGCAACAGGAGCGGCGUGAGCAACAGGGCUGGCACAGGUGA